AUGACUAGCCAUGACUACAAAUACGUCCCGCAAUGCCCUCGGCCCCCUGCGGGCUCCCCUCGCUACGACAGCAACGGACAAUUAACAACAUUCACCUACAUCACGGCUUUUAAGUCAUAUGAAUCAUCCUACGAGUAUUCAAUCACCGAAACUUCAGGAUACACCCGCAGAUUUCUCACGCAGCCCCGUUUCGAGAACUUUCAUCACCCAUCCUCAACUACAAGCAACGAUGGGUAUGGCACCAGAGAGCAGAUACCACGCAUGCAUGAGUCGCCUCGCGGGCAACCUUUUGGCAGCCUGACUCGAAGCUUCCCACGAUCUACUGGUGUCCCUCCGAUCGAAACCAAGAACGCACCAUCCAUCACGUGUCAUCGUAGCAGGCAGCCGACCUCUUUCACUGUUACUGAGGCUACGGGUGCCGAUGCCCGUAAGCACCGCAUCCCUGCUGGGUACUCACUCAAGAACUGGGAUCCUAGCGAGACACCCAUCCUGCUCCUGGGCAGCGCUUUCGACGCCAACAGUCUGGGGAAAUGGAUCUAUGAUUGGACCGUUUAUCACCACGGUCCUGCCACUCCGAUCUCUGACAUAGCCAGUGAGCUUUGGCUUCUCCUCAUCCAGCUCGCUGGUAAGGUAAAGCAAGCCGAGGAAGCCGUCAGUCUUGUCCACAGCUCUGACGACUGUGAUCUUGUUGAGGACUUCAUCGAGGCCGGUAAGCGCCUUACCGAAAACUUUCGAUCACUUCUACAGGCCUGUGAAGCUCCCAUGCUCAAGGCUUCAAGGCGAAAGCAGCCCGGCCUUGGCAAGAAUGCCGGUGCCGAAUUUGUCGAGACUCUGUUUGGUCGGGACCGGGAGCUUGGCAAGACCGAGAGGUUUAUGCAAAAUGUGAGGUUAUUCAGCAUUCGCUUUGACAACAAUUGCGAAGAAAUCCUCAAGAACCUCACUAGAUAG